AUGGACAGUGCGCUGUACCACACAGCGGGAAUAUUCGGCGCCCCUUCGGCUUCAGGAAACCGAACUGCAGGAGGAAACAUGAUCACUAGCCCUAAACCACUCGCUUUUUCGAUCGAGAGGAUUAUGGCCAGGACACCCGAACCAAAGUCGAUACCGUUCCCCAACUUGUUUCACGCUCCCGUGGGGAAAACAGACCCCAAGCAGGCUCUAGGCGCAAACCCCUCCCCGCUGCAUUGCAUGAUCCCUUUCGUGCCGCUCGCGUACGAACCGGGUCACAAACUUCACAUCAACGGAUUAGAGGGAAACCACGCCGAUUCCUUUUCGCAUAACCCUACCGAACUGGUGAGUAUCGGUGUAAAUUAUAAGAAUGAGCAAUCGGAUGUGGCUCCCACGCUCGGACAGUACAAACUAUUUCGGCCACGUGUGGUGAAUCAGUCGUCUUUCCACGCUAUGGGAGCGGUGUGUUACCUUAAUUGUGGGGAAAGCCCGUGUCCACCUCCGGCGGGUUUAGUUAAUCUUCAUCCCAUGGCUUCAUAUUUCCUCAACACGCCACUGCAGGCGCGUCAAAAAGCCCUGCUAACUGAGAAAAACAAACCGGGCCACACUGCGGAGAGAUACCCAACUGGGAUGUCGUUCAAGGACCUCUCACACACCCAGCUACAGCACUACAUGAAAGAGAGCGCACAGAUUCUCUCGGAAAAACUUUUCAAGAGCUCCUCUAAAGUGAACAACGGGUCCCCGCAGAGCAAACCUAAAGUAUUCACCUGUGAAGUUUGCGGAAAGGUGUUCAAUGCGCACUACAAUUUAACACGCCACAUGCCUGUGCACACGGGAGCCCGACCUUUCGUGUGUAAAGUGUGCGGGAAAGGAUUCCGGCAAGCCAGCACGCUCUGUCGCCACAAAAUCAUCCAUACUCAGGAAAAGCCACAUAAAUGCAACCAGUGUGGGAAAGCAUUCAACCGAAGUUCAACUUUGAACACCCAUACACGGAUACACGCAGGCUACAAACCCUUUGUAUGUGAAUUCUGUGGCAAGGGUUUUCAUCAGAAAGGUAACUACAAGAACCACAAGUUGACUCACAGCGGUGAGAAACAGUUCAAAUGCAAUAUCUGCAACAAAGCGUUUCACCAAGUGUACAACCUGACGUUUCACAUGCACACGCACAAUGACAAGAAACCUUUCACGUGUCCGACUUGUGGCAAGGGCUUCUGUAGGAACUUUGACCUGAAAAAGCACAUCCGAAAACUGCACGACGUUUCCCCUGGACCCCCAUCUCCGUCUGCUCUUAAUACAAACGUCGAGGGUCAGUAG